CCUGCUACAGUCAAGCUCCUUUUCUCACGAGUUACCGAUUUUGCGAUUGAUCAAGUUGCGAAGAUUGUUUCGCCCUUUUUCGAUCGAUUGUUUCAUGCUUGGAGGGCAUCGUAGUGCAGUUGAGCUCAGUCAUGGACGGUAGUGCAGGAAUUUGUGUGUUGAGGGUGGUCAUUUCUCUGGCUCUCGUUUUUUGCCUUUGUGCUUCCUCUGCUUUAGCCAUAGUGGACGAUAAAUGCUCCGCUUGCAAAGCUGUUGCUUUGGAGCUGGAGGACUCGCUUGCAAAUGAAAGACCGAGAAAUCACCUAGAUUAUCGUCACCGACUUAAUUCAGAAGGACAACGUGAAGGAAAAGUGAUUGAUUACAGACUUAGUGAGUUGCGAGUGGUGGAACUUCUAGAUGGGCUCUGUUCAAAAAUGAAGGGUUAUGUUCCAAAUAAGGCUGGCCCUGGGCGUACAUUUUGGUUAAAAGUGGAAGGGGGAGUUCCAGAUGCUCCAGAGAUGGCACUUAAUCGGCAGGCGUCAGAGCUACAUUCUAGAGCUAUCGUUGAAUUUUGUGGUCGGCUACUUGAGACUACUGAAGAGGAGCUGACGGAAAGAAUUCGAGUUGGGGAGGUUGCCACUGGAGAGGUUGAACGUGUCUUGUGCAAGGAGCUCAGCAAGAGUUGCAAAGAACUAUCGGAAACAGCAGAACCAGCGGAUGACGAUGAUCUUGAAGAUGAAGAAAUCGACGAGGUCGCCACAGAACGUGCAGAUGAUCACGUUAAAGAGGAUGCAGAAAAAGCUACGAAGGAUGUAUCUUCGGUUGCUGAAGAAACGAUUAGUAUGGGCAGCGAUGGUGAGCUUUAGAAGUCUUUUAUAAAUGACUACUUUGGUAUGGAUAACAUUGAUGGUACUUAUUCUACAUGUAUACAGUAGAAAGUCGUCAAUAAUUUUUUAAUGCAGCAAUCCCGUAGACUUCAGGUGAUCAUGGCGAUGUUCAGUGGUUUCUACCACCCCUUUCGUUCUCAUAUCCAUAUUACUGCAGAAUUUUUUUCCCAGACGACAUUCUCAACGAAACAUAUUAUCUCAGCA